UAAAUCGAUCCAGUAUACACCGAUCCAUCGCUUGUUUGUGUUGUGUGUAGUGUAAUUUUUAUUCACUUAAAAAACCACCUUUCGAAAAUGCAGUCCGACGAGCCCAAAAAAAAAACGUCGCGCGAAAAAACGUUCGUCCUUAGAAAUUCCCUACUCACAGACAUCUUCGACGACCAACACACUGGCAACAUCUACAAUGUCUACGUUAUCGUUUUCAUGCUUAUGUGCUUUCAAAACGCGCUGACGCACUACUUAAGGGACGGGAGGGUGGAUUUCGGACUAGAAACGAUCGGAAAAGGAUUCGCUAAAUUCGAUAAAGCCAUACUGAUUUGGCUGUGUUGUUUCUUGUCGACGUGUGCGACGUUUUUCUUUUUCCAAAUUUGGGGGAAAUUUAGAACCUGGGAUAAAAAAUUGACCAGAACAUGGGACUGGUUUUGGGCAGCCGCUUUAGGCCUCUACUACUUUUACACGAUAAAAUUCACAAGUACCGCAACGCUAUACUUCGAAUUUAAUCCACCGUGUGCAGUCUUCGUAUCCAUAGAAUCUGUCCGGCUUUUAAUGAAAGUGCACUCUUUCGUGCGCAUCAAAGCUCCCCCACUAAUGUCGCUUUCAGAAGAUGCAAAAUUUUCCAAUUUCCUGUACUUCCUCUUCGCUCCUACUCUCAUCUACCGAGACAGCUACCCACGAACGAAACACAUCGACUGGAACUUCGUCAUUUGUCGCCUUCUCGAAGCCAUAAGCAUAGUAUUCAUAUUCACCUUUAUUGUACAGAGCAUUUAUCCAAGUCCAGAAAGAUGGCUACAGAAGUAUACUAUAAAGGAGGCAUUGCUAGACGUAAUUGAACGUAUUCCGCACGGAAGUUUGGUGCUGUGUGGAAGUUUCUUCCUGGUUUUUCACUCCGUCCAAAACCUAUUCGCUGAAGUCACUCGCUUCGGGGACAGAUUAUUCUACCAAGACUGGUGGAACCAAUCCACACACAGCAGGUGGUUGGCAACGUGGAACCUACUGGUGCGAGAUUGGCUCUACUACUACGUAUACCGCGAUUUCAAGCACUGUUUUUUCCAGAACAAUUUUCUGGCGAUUUUUGUGGUUCUUUUACUGUCGUUUGUCAUGCACGAGUACGUGAUGUUCUGUUUCCUGGGUAAAUUUUUUCCUGUUUUAUUCUUUGUGGGUGUAGCUGUCAUCUUCCCGACGUUUUAUCUCAACUUUCCCAAAAAUAUGUUCUUUAACGUGUUGCUGUGGAGUUCUGGGUGUGUGAUGGUGUCUGCGAUUCUAGUUACGUAUGCUGCCGAACACUAUGCUGUGAUGAAAGCUCCUCUGAAGGAUCCAACACUCUUUGAAUUAAUCGUGCCAAGAGCUUAUACGUGCGAUUGUGUUCUUAUAUUUUAAGAGGAAUAAUGUAAUGAUGUAAACUGAUAGUCCAUUUUGCAAAAUCUUUAUGUUCGGGUACUAAUAAACAUGUUUUUUAACAA